AUGAUUGCAUUCUCUACCCAUUAAUUAGCAUCCAUAUAUAAGAUAUUAAUACAUAGAUACAACUACUAAUUUAUAAUUAUCAAUGAUAUCUAGAACUUAAAGCUCUUUAUUGUCAAUAAUUCAUGAUGGCUUGAUCUUGCGGCACUUAGCAUAUCAUGUGACCAGAUGAGGCUGAUCUAGUAGUGAUUGAAGUAUCAUGAAAUUGAAAACUUAAGUUCUAGGUUAGUAGUAGUUUAUGUUAGUUUAAUCCUACAAUGCUUACAACACCAUGCGACUAGAGAUCUGAUCUAAAAACAAGUAAAAUGGCAUAUAUUGAGAACUUAAAUUCUUUCAUGUAUCACCAUCAAAGACAUAAAUAUAAUAAUUAAUUAUCAUAUGGUGAAACACAUAUUAUCAAUUAUCUUUAAAAUCCUAAUGGUAGUUGCUAAUAUGACAUCCAUUUCGUCUUCUCCUUUGCGUGAUCAGCACCUCUACCAAUUGGCGAGCUUGUUCCUUUCUCCUUUGACUACACAAAGCCUUUAGUUAGUGGUCAACUCCUCCCUUCUCCUCCCAGAUGAUGGUGAUAGUGCACUCAACCCCUCUUCUCGAUGGAUCACUUUAGCGAGCAAUAUAGGACUUCUUAAUAAUUAUAGUAGUAAUUGCAUCUAUGCAUUAAUAUCUUAUAUAUAGAUACUAAUUAGUGGGUAGAUAAUAUAAUUAUACAUGUUAUCAACUCAUUAUGACAUUCAUAAUGUUUUAUCAUUUAAGUCCUAAUACAUAUAGAUGCAACAUCCAUAAUGUUUUAUUUAUAUUAUGAGACUAACCCCACUUAACUUUUAUGAAGUUAAGUAGUGAUUUUCUCACAUUUUAUUGAUAAUUAUUUGAUUGUAAGUACUUAGGUGAGCUCUUAUUAUGAGUUGAAAGUAAUGGAAGAAGCCUAAAUCUUGUGAAAAGGGCUGGUCCAAUAUAUUUAUGGGCCCAAGAGAGGGUGUCACUCUAGCCUAACCCAUUUAGAUUUAAAAGGGCUAUCAAGAGAUGAGAUCUAGGCCACCCAUCUUAAGGCACUUUAAGAUGAGAUUAAGAGGAGGAUUAGAGCACCACCCUCAUAAAAGAAUAUGAGCCAUUCACUAAGAGAGUUGAUUAUUAAUCAUAACUAUCUUUUGAAGUGGCCUAAUUUUUGAGAAGAUUAAGACAUUUUGCCCCUCUCUUGUAGGGCAUUUUUUGGUUCUCUCUCUAGAAGUGGCUAGCUGAAGAAAAUAAGAAGGAAAUCAAGGCCUCAUCAAUGGUAUUCUCAUGCCCAAGAUCAUCAUGUAGAAAAGAUUACCUAGAGCACAUCAAGAUCAUCAUAGAUCAAGCAUCACUUAGCCUAAGACUAGCGCACAACAAGGUUUGUGCAAGAUCUAAUUUUGGGACAUCCUUAUAAUUCUCUCCAUGGAUAGAUCAACUCUUAGUUCAAACUAAUGUUACCAUUUAUUCUAUCAUUUCAUUAUGUUAGAUACAUUCUCUCCCUUUUGCCUCACUUUUUAUUUCUCUUCUCUUUACUCUUUCUAGAUUCAAUUAUGUCUUUCACAAUCUUAAGUAUAUAUAUAUAUAAGAAAUAAAUUAAGUAGAACUGUUACUCUCAUUACCCAUGGUCCUUGAGGAUUGAUUCUUACUUAUCCUAAAUAGAAGAGUGAGGUUUUUUUAAAUAUUAUUUGCAUGUACUUGGUUGCAUCACGAUGACAUAUUUAACCUUCAAUUCGAGUUCAUCACCUCCAACCAGUAUUCUUGUGAUUUCUUGUAUGAUGUGACACAUCCAAACAAAAUCAAGCUGCCACAUUGGUGUCUCCAAUUGUCUCAGAGGUAGACUAACAUUGGACAAUAUUUCUUUUUCUGUUUUCAUUAUUUAUUUAUAAUUUAUGUCAAAUUAUUUUUAUUCUUUUAUAUUUUCUAAUAGAAAUAGGUAAAACUGAUUCAAAGCUUAAUGAAUUAUUUUCAUUUCACUUUUAAAUCUUUAAAAACUUGUCUGAGAUAAAGCUGAGAUCAUAUUCAUCUUAAUUUUAUUGAUUUUUAUAAUUGAAUCUUGAAGAUUUUGAGUUUUCAACAUUCUGUGAAUAAUAGUUAUUUUUCUAAUUUCAAAUACAAAUUUAGUGAGAUUAAAGGUUGAUUAACGAGUAUUAAAGUGUGAAAUAAGGUGGAAACAUUCACACUUGACCUCAUGUCAUGUGUGUGAAUUCUCAAACACAUAUUUCUCCAAGAAUUGUGGUCACCAUAAAAAUAGUAUGACCAUUUUUUUCUCUCUCUCUCAUGAGACCUCUCUUCCUUUUCCUCUCUCUCUCUAUUGAGAUCUCUCUCUCUCUCUCUCUCGUGAGAUCUUUCCCCCUCUCUCCCUCUCUCAUGAAAUCUCUCUCUCUUCCUCUCCCAUGAGAUCUCUCUCUCUCUUCCUCUCCCAUGCGAUCUCUCUCUAUCUUCCUCUCUCUCCUCCUCUUGUGAGAUCUCUUCUUCUCUCUCCUUCUCUUGUGAGAUCUCUUCUUCUCUCUCCUUCUCUCAUGAGAUCUGAUGUGAACUUGUAGUUGUGUUUAAAUACAUAUUAUCUAAUAAUAUAACUAAGACUUAAUAAAUAUUAAUAUAGAAGUAAGUCUCAAGUUGAACAUAGGGAGAUUGAUUAAUCCAUCGUGAAAACUAAUUUAGUUUAUAUAUAAAGUGAUUUAAUAUUUUAUUCAUAUUUAAAAGAAAUAUAAAAUAGAAGGGUGAGGUGAGAAGAAUAAAAGAAGGGUAGUGGAGAAAAAGAAGGAGGAAAAGAGAGAGAGAAGGGAUAAGCUCUCUCAAGAAAGGGAAAGUAAGGAGAGGAAGAGAAUCGUCGGGCGGAACUCUAUUUCUGCCCGAUUUGCAUUCGUCGAGUGCUGA